AUGUGUCACUACUAUUGUCCUUUCAGAAUCUGUCUGAUUCCAUGGCGACGUAUCUGGAAUUUAUUCAGCAAAAUGAAGAGCGAGAUGGGGUGCGUUUCAGCUGGAACGUGUGGCCCUCCAGCCGUUUGGAGGCCACAAGAAUGGUCGUGCCCUUGGCGUGUCUGCUGACCCCAUUGAAGGAGCGUCCAGACCUGCCUCCUGUACAGUAUGAACCAGUGCUUUGUAGCAGGCCAACUUGCAAAGCAGUACUGAACCCACUUUGUCAAGUGGAUUAUCGAGCUAAGCUCUGGGCUUGUAACUUCUGUUUUCAGAGAAACCAGUUUCCUCCUGCAUAUGCAGGCAUAUCUGAGGUGAAUCAGCCAGCAGAACUUAUGCCUCAGUUUUCCACCAUCGACUACAUUGUUCAGCGGGGUCCUCAGACACCGCUCAUCUUCCUUUAUGUAGUUGACACGUGUUUGGAAGAGGAGGACUUGCAGGCACUGAAGGAAUCCCUGCAGAUGUCCUUGAGCCUAUUGCCCCCAGAUGCUCUGGUAGGGCUGAUCACUUUUGGCAGAAUGGUCCAAGUUCAUGAGUUGAGCUGCGAAGGGAUUUCCAAAAGCUAUGUGUUCAGAGGGACCAAAGAUCUGACAGCUAAGCAGAUACAGGAUAUGUUGGGUCUUACGAGGCCAGCUGUCCCUGUUCAGCAGGGAAGACCUCUUCAACCUCAGGAACAGCCAGUUAUUUCAAGCAGGUUUCUGCAGCCUAUACACAAGAUUGACAUGAACCUGACAGAUCUGCUUGGGGAGUUGCAAAGGGACCCGUGGCCAGUAACUCAGGGAAAGAGACCCUUGCGAUCGACUGGAGUAGCUCUAUCGAUUGCUGUUGGUUUAUUGGAGGGCACAUUUCCAAACACAGGGGCCAGAAUAAUGUUGUUUACAGGUGGUCCACCCACACAAGGACCUGGCAUGGUAGUAGGAGAUGAACUGAAAACCCCCAUUCGUUCCUGGCAUGACAUAGAGAAGGAUAAUGCACGGUUCAUGAAAAAGGCCACAAAGCAUUAUGAGACUCUGGCUAAUCGCACUGCAGCCAAUGGUCACUGCAUUGAUAUUUACGCUUGCGCUCUUGAUCAGACUGGCCUUCUGGAGAUGAAGUGUUGUACAAACCUCACUGGGGGUCACAUGGUGAUGGGAGACUCCUUCAACACUUCUCUUUUCAAGCAGACAUUCCAGCGAGUUUUCAGCAAAGAUUUCAAUGGGGAAUUUCGAAUGGCAUUUGGUGCCUCUCUAGAUGUGAAGACUUCAAGGGAGCUGAAGAUUGGAGGGGCUAUUGGACCAUGCAUCUCUCUAAAUGCUAAAGGGCCAUAUGUCUCUGAAAACGAACUUGGUAUUGGAGGAACGUGUCAGUGGAAAAUUUGUAGCCUGGAUCCCAACACAACCCUUGCUAUUUAUUUUGAAGUGGUAAAUCAGCACAAUGCACCAAUACCUCAGGGUGGCAGAGGUGCUGUGCAGUUUGUCACUCAGUAUCAACACUCCAGCACGCAAAAGCGCAUCCGAGUUACCACGAUAGCCAGAAAUUGGGCAGAUGCACAGAAUCAGCUCCAGCAUAUAGAAGCUGCGUUUGACCAGGAAGCUGCUGCUGUACUAAUGGCACGGCUGGGAGUCUACAGAGCAGAAACAGAGGAGGGACCAGAUGUAUUGAGGUGGCUGGACAGACAGCUGAUCAGACUGUGUCAGAAGUUUGGACAAUACAACAAGGAUGAUCCAAAUUCUUUCAGAUUAUCGGACUCAUUUUCCCUGUAUCCCCAGUUUAUGUUCCAUUUGCGGCGAUCUCCAUUCCUUCAAGUAUUUAAUAAUAGCCCAGAUGAAUCUUCCUAUUACCGCCAUCACUUUGCCCGACAAGAUUUGACCCAGUCUCUCAUCAUGAUCCAGCCCAUCCUUUAUUCCUAUUCUUUCUAUGGACCACCUGAGCCUGUACUCUUGGACAGCAGCAGCAUUCUCGCUGACAGAAUUCUGUUGAUGGAUACUUUCUUCCAGAUUGUUAUCUACCUUGGUGAGACUAUUGCACAGUGGCGGAAAGCUGGCUACCAAGAUAUGCCUGAAUAUGAAAACUUCAAGCAUUUGCUGCAAGCCCCUCUGGAUGAUGCCCAGGAAAUCUUGCAGACUCGGUUCCCAAUGCCACGUUAUAUUAACACAGAGCAUGGAGGCAGUCAGGCUCGGUUCCUCUUAUCAAAAGUGAACCCCUCACAGACACACAAUAACCUCUAUGCCUGGGGACAGGAAUCGGGGUCUCCAAUCCUAACGGAUGAUGUUAGUCUCCAGGUAUUCAUGGACCAUCUGAAAAAACUGGCAGUGUCAAGUGCAGCAUGACCUGGAUCAUAACAAGGAAACAACAAAAAGGAAAGAAUUAAUGGGAUCAUAUUGACAGUUCAACAGAUGUGGGAAAAUGUAUUACCUGUAUUUUCUCACAUACGACACAUGCUCUUCUCUAAACGCAGCCCCCCAAAAUAGGGGUGCAUAUAUUAAGCAGGGAAGCUGUUUUUCUGCCUGGGAUAGAAGCACCCUACUUUAAAUCCUGCUCCGCAGUGCAGCAGCAUGACUAUUCAGGCAACCGAGGAAUUCAUUUGACUUAAUGGUUCAUUGGUUUUUACUCCACGGGUGUUAACCAUUGUCUCCUUUUUGACGGUCUUUAUGGUCUUGCUAAGAGAAGUGAAACUGACCUUUCUUAGGGCAAUUUUAUAGUCUGCUAGCUGAUCCCAUUAGCCCAAGGAGGAAAAGAAGGGUAAGUCACCUGAAGACUGGGUUCUUCCCCUGGGCUCUGCAGUCAUAUAACUGGAAAAAUCCAUUUUUCUUCAUUCUGCCUUUCAAAAACAGGGUACAUACAUCUUGGGCCAUGUUGUGUGUCAGAAAAUACAGUACGUUCCUUUUCCUCUUUGUAGGCCACAGCUUUCGUAUAUUUCAUUAAACAAAUACUGGAGGGGAGUUUUCUACUGACUCCUUUUAGAUGUUAAUUUAUUUGUAUGCCAUUUGUCUGUGUUCUUUCUGAUUUACAUUUUUCAUACAUUGUAACCUCAACUCCAGAAUGUGUUAGCUUAUAGAAAUCUGAAUACAGCCUUUCACUUAACUGUAACAAUCUGUAUUAAAAAUAUUCUCCUUUAGCAACUCUUUUGGAUAAAGGAAACUGUACUGAUGGAAAAUAAAAUUGGUUAAGGCAAGCAUUAAUAUUUAGUGCUAUACCGAACCUGACUCUGAGAGGGAAUUACAUCAGCCUUCUAGUUCUUCCAGUAAAUUUUCAAAGGUAA